AUGGCUGCUGCUGCUAUUGAGGCGAGGGCUACGGAUGGCGUUACUCCGUUCCGCGACGUCUACUGGUCGCCCGAUGGGGUGGAGACGCUUAUUGAGCGCCGUGAGCUCGACGUCGAGUUUGCCGGCAAGCUCACGCUGCUGUUCAAGAAGCUCCGCGCGGCCGAGACGAGCUACGCCAAGACGCUCAAGACCAUCGCACAGAGUGCAUCGUUGGAGAUGCCGCUCUCUCUCAAGACGUCUGGCCUCGGCGCCGCCUACAAGCACAUGCUCGCCUUUGUCGCCUCGCAGGCCGUCCGUCAUCGCAAGCUCGGGGAGAUGCUCGAGGUCACCUCGUCCGACAUCUCCAAGGCCGACAUGUUCCAGAAGAAGCGCAAGGGCGACAAGGCUGUCCGCUCUGCCUUUGCUGCCUACUCCAAGGCCGGCAAGGACGUCGAGUCGGCCCGCGAUGACUACUACCAGCUCUGCGAGUACAUUGCCAUCGAUCACCCCGAGGCCCGCCGCGAUCGCUUCGACUCAAAGGUGGCCAAGGCCAAGUCCGCUUACAAGCGCGCCCUCGCCGCCUGCGAAGAGUGCCACGAGGAGGUUCAGUCCUCGCUCGGCUCUUUCAUGGACGCCGAGCAGGCCGAGGCCGUCUCCCGCCGCCAGGUCCUCAAGGACCUCGCAGCCAUGUACGGCUCGAUGAACGUCGGCCUGCUCUCGGUCGGGACCAAGGCCGCCAACCACGUGGUCGACGCUGUCUCACGGGUCAACGUCCUCACAGACAUCGAGGACUUUAUCCACGUCACCCCCGAGUGCCGCGGGCCGGACUCGAUCUCGCCGCCGUGCUUUGUCGACUACGACGACCGCGGCAAGGUCAAGGACACCGGCAUCGGCCUUGACCGCUCGCCGUCUGAAGCCGCCAUCGACUCGCCCGACUACUGCGGCGAGCUCGAGGUCUUCCACGACUCGUCGCUCAAGUUUAACAAGAAAAAGUACUGGAAAGACCGCUGGGUUGUCGUCGCCUCGCCCUGGCUCCAGGUCUACAAGUCGAACAAAGACGUCAAGGCUGGCAAGUCGCCGCUCCUGCAGAUCCGCCUCUCGCAACUCGUCCGCGUCGAUCCCGAACCCGAGGAGCUUGCUGGCGUCCGUGACCACCCCAUCGCCCUCCGCAUCUCGGGCCUCAUCGAAAUUGUACUUGCUGCUGCCUCCCAGGCCGACCACUUUAAGUGGUCCGGCGCCAUCGAAAAGGCCACCCCGCACGCCACGCCCGGCUCUGCCAACCUCCGCUCGCCGCUCACUCCGGCGCCGGCCCCGCUCUCGGCCGCCUCGUCAAGCUCAUCGGCCGCCUCGGCCACGGGCUCCGGCCCGCUCAGCGACGCCGAGCGACGCCGCCGCAACGCCGACCGCGUCUCGGUCCACGCCCCGCCACCGCUCGCCACCGCCGUCUCCGCCAUUCCAAUCAACUACGCCGCCACAGGCACCAGCCCGGCGUCGCCUCCCUCAUCCGCCCUGGGCAUCGAUGCCCAGGUCGGACCCGGCGGUGUCAUCGGACCCGGCGGUGUCGCCUCCUCGCCACCGCCCGCCACACAUGCUCCCACAACUGCCCACGCCCCCGACGCCGCUGCGUCUUCCUCUGCCGCUGGCCCGCCGCGCCCAGCCGAGCGGACCCGCCCGCUCAUGAUGCCGGCCACCAUCACCUCGAUCUCAUCGAUGAGCGGCGUCCUCGACAUCCACGCCGCCUUUGAAGACCUAGGCGUCGACGACCUCGACGAGCUCCUUCAACUUUAG